AUGAGCCACUCACCUAAUCCCAGCGCCUCUAUCGAGCUCAAAGCAAACGGAGAAGUCUCCAGAAUUCGUUCUCAUAGAGGGAACGCUCCUACACUUCCGCAGACGAAAUACUGCCCUCUCUGUCCCGCCAAGUUUACAAGGACGACUCACUUAAGCAGACAUAUCCGUUCACAUACCAACGAACGGGCUCACAGGUGUAAACUGUGCGGUGCCGAGUUCACCAGAAGCGAUCUGUUGACCCGACACAAGAAGACAUGCGGUGACCCGCUCAAGGCCCAUCGAUCGAGAAGAAAAUCCUGCCAGGCAUGUGUUGAAUCCAAGGUCAAGUGCGAUCUUCAGUGUCCAUGUUCGAAAUGCAUAUCUCGCGGCAAGAAAUGUGUCUUUAUCAACGACCCGGCCGUGACCCGUUAUAAACAAUCGUGUGCCAAGAAGCGGGUAUCACAGACUCGAGACGGCAACCGGGGAAUCAAUGAUGUCUCUGUCGAAGGCGUUGCCGGUCCCCAUUACUCACCCACUUGCUCUCUUAAUUCUCUCUCAUCUCCUAGUGAGAUUGAUGAUGCCUCUCCUACCUUGCCACAUACAGCUGCACCUUUAGAUUUUAGCAAGUCGGGGAUGGCGUCUUCCCAUACUUCGUCCCAGGCAGCUAUUUUUGAUCCCGCCACAGAUGUCGACAACGACGGCCAGAUAUUUGGUUCAGAACACUUCAUCGAAAAGAUGUUUUCUAGCAACGUGUUAGACUCUCUCCUCGAACAGUUCUCUUUCUCUGAUCACGAUUCAACGCACCCAGUCCAAAUACCUUCGGGUUUUUCGUGGUUGGGAGGCGACGGGUUGGGAUCAGAAGAUGCCUGUCCAUAUUCGCUCAUACAAACCACGCCUGGCGUUUCCACGGUCUCCUCGUCGCCGGAUUUUGAUUCUCCUGUAGACGCUGCUUCCAGCAGCUCCCCUAUCCCAUCCGAAGAAUACCCGCCUUCGACUGCCGUCUCAACCGGUAUGAAAAUACUAGAUACUGAGAAGGAACAAUAUCUGUACCUUUUCUUCUCUGCGUUCUGCACACAGCUCCCUUUAGUUCAUCCGGAAACAUGGGUGGCGGAAGACAAGCCUUCUGUUCUAGUUCGUGCGAUGCAGGCAUGCGGUGCACUCUUUGUGACGACACGAAGUGCUGUCAACUUCAUCAAUGAAACCCUGUCCUCAACACGGGACGUCCUGGUUCAACAAUUUACGAAAGCAGCGUUCAACCCUAAAGAGCAAGAUUACUUGAUACUUGCUGUCGUGUUGCUCCAGACUAUCGGUUUGUUCCACCAGCGCGCCGAAAAUCGGGUCUCAUCUAACGUGUAUCAUGGAAUGUUGGUCAUGAUGAUCCGCAAGACAGGUUCUAUCACUCGUUCACGUUCUUGGGCUGUCCCUGACUUGAACGACUCCGUCGCACUGGAACAAACGUGGCGUGAAUGGGCUCAACACGAGACUGUUAAACGGGCUUUACUACUCUCCUAUCUUCAUGAUUGUUGUCAUUCUGUGUUCUUCUCGAUACGUCCUUCUUUCCAGAUCGCAGAAUUCGACCUCAAUCUGCCUUGUGACGAUGCAUUGUGGAAAGCCCGGUCUGCCCGAGAAUGGUACGAGCUUCUACAGAAGCCCUCUGCGUACGGAAUCGGGGCAGAUAGAUUGUACGGUGUCGGCAUGCAACAAGCCUUGACCAAUCUUGGAGAGAUACGUCUUGGUACUUCCCACACCCCUCUAAAUCCGUUCUCCCAAUUCAUCCUCAUCCACACGAUUCUCCAAAGCAUCUACGAAUGUUAUUCCUCUUCUGAGGCUCCAACGUCGUCACUGACCCCAACCUCUGACGGCGAAGGCCGCCAAGGAAGCCACUUUAUAACACAGUGUACUCUGCACAACUGGCUUCAGAUGUGGCAUCACUCUCCAGAUGCUGUGAAACGCGAGUGUGACUCCGAUGAGCCUCCUUUUGCGUUCAAUGCAUUGCCAUUUUACUGGCUAGCGCAGGUCUCACUGUUGGUCAUACAAGAGGGUGGUUCAGAAUGGAUCGAAGCGACGACAGCUGAGAAUAGAUUCCAUCUCAUAAAGGAGUGGCUGGAUCGUAUACGAUUCUUUUUGCGCCAGAAUCACGAGAUCCCGCCUAACUUAUGGGAGGAACUGAUGGCUAUUCGCCGUCAGGUUUCUCAGGUCGAGAUGCAUCGAUCGGCAGACCACCCAAAUGGUUUACUUGCUUUCUUCCCGGAGCAUUGA